ACCAUUUAAUCCUAGCGAUGACAAAAUACUUAAAAAUAGGUCAAUUUUACAAUUGAUGACUAUUUCUCACCCCCCCUUAUCUACCAUCUGACAAUAUUCGCUGUCUGGUGAACCAACCCGGAUCCAAAUACUUGACUUAUCAACAAUCACCACCGCGACUUUUGAAUGAAAUCUCAUCACACCCUAUUUUUUGCACACAAGUGGUGCUGGUAUUAACCGUAAAUUAAAUUGUUUCCUAUUGCAAUCCCCACGCUUAUUUCAAAGAACUUGCGAUAGCACGCUUUGGCACGUACUUUAAUAUCGCGAUAUGACUAAUGUUUCGAAUGAAGUUAACAUCGAUGCUCGUGUCAGUGCAAACCCCGUUGAUAAGCACUAUCGGGUUGGUUACUUUAAGCAAAUGCAUUUGCAAAUUGCUUUUUUUUACAAUUUAUGACCUAUGUUGCAGAUGCAACCUUAAGGCUGCGAGAAGUUCAAGGUUUCAAGGUUGCCUAGCCAUAACUUGGUCAUCAAGCUUCAUCAAUUAGAGGUUGAUUAGGUUAAAAGUAGACUGCAUAAUGCAUAGGGCUUAAACGUAUUGGACAGCAGUCGUUGACGAGCUAUCUUCCGGGAGUCAUUCUUAGCAGAACCUCCUUAAGAAUGGAGUCCAAGCUAACAUAUCUGUUCCGUACGCUGAAGCUGCUAACUUUGGAAUUUGGAGCGAUGACUUCGAUUCACGGCGUUGGCUACAUCACCUCCAGCCAGCGGACGCUGUUCGAGAAGUUUCUUUGGGUGUUGGUGUUUGGGCUAUCGCUCACCGGAUGUAGUUGGCUUAUUCGGGAUGCGUAUCGCAGGUGGGACCAGAAUCCGGUGAUUAUAAGUUUUGACGAGAAGACCAAGCCCAUUUGGAGCUUUCCGUACCCGGCGGUGACGAUCUGCCCGGAGACCAAGUUCCAGAUGGCGAUCAUGAACUACACGGAGGAGUUUUUAAAGUUUGAACGUGAUCCUAGCGGGUAUAAACCCGAUUUGGAGUGCCGUGAAUCUUUCUUCUCCGCCCUGCACAUCUGCAAUCAGAAUCAACUUAUCAAAAUAGCCAACUUGUUGAGACAAUAUAAUGGCUCGGUAGAGACAAACUGCCAGCAAACUUUACAGAACAUUUCGCUGCCCAAGGAAUCCAUCUUUGAAUCGGUUACGCUUCAGAACGUCCAAGUAAACUAUUCGGAAUAUUUCAAAGAAAUGCUCACCGAGGAUGGAAUCUGCUACACCUUCAACUUUGCCGGUGAUUUGUUCCGGGAGGGUGUUUUUCCGAAAGUUGCCACACCAAAUGAUGCUCUUUCUAAGGACAUGAUUUGGAGUCCCGAAAAAGGAUACCGUGAAAUUACUCCUCCGGAUGGUGGACCGCUGAGAGCUCCCGGUACUGGUUUGAACAAUGGCCUGUCAGUUGAUCUUCAAUUGGAAGUUUCUAAUUUUGAUUACCUGUGCAAGGGUCCAAUCCAAGGAUUCAAAGUUCAGGUCAACACUCCAACCGAAUAUCCAGUAAUGUCGAAGCGGUUUAUAAGAGUACCGCUGGACGAGGAAGUGGUAGCCCUGAUCAAACCACAGUUCGUCGGAACCAGCUGGAAGUUACACGACUACGAACCUGCCCGGAGAAACUGCUACUUUGAGCAUGAACGACCCCUGCGGUACUUCCGGAUCUACUCCCAGGACAACUGCGAACUGGAGUGCCUCUCCAACUAUACGCUGUCGCUGUGCGGUUGCGUCAAGUUCAGCAUGCCCCGGAUAGGAGCGAAGACUCGGGUUUGCAACGCCAGCAGUCUGCCGUGUGCGGUCAACGCCGAGAAGACCAUUUCGACCGCGUUGAAUGCUAGUGAAGGACGGACGGCAUUUUCCGACACGGUGUUCCAGACGCGGUGCAACUGUCUGCCCGGAUGUACCGUGUUAAAGUACGACGCCAUCCUAACCCAGGGACGACUGCUGUGGAGACCCUAUCAACUGGCCGCUGAAGGAAGCAAUUCGUCUAAAAAUAUUCACAAGGUGCGCUUCUCACUGUAUUUCAAGGACUCGCAGUACAUCUCGAUCACGCGGAACGAAAUGUACGGUUUGACGGAUUUUGUGGCCAAUUGCGGGGGACUCCUGGGACUGUUUAUGGGCGUAAGUCUGCUCAGUCUGGUAGAACUAAUUUACUUUUGUACGCUUCGUCCGUACGUGUUGUGUCACUAUCGAGACGAAAAGGGACAGAUCAAGGGGUUUCAGAGAAAUCGAAAGAGGGUCACUCGGCAGAAGGUAAUCAUGGUGGAAACGCUCGACGCGGGUAUCCGAAGAAGACGCAUAGUGGCGGUGAGACAUCAGAUUGGGUUUCGUAGGCGGUUGAGGAAGAUCAAGAAACAGAGUAAGGUUUAAGCAUUUGAAUCAUUACAAAUGGGUCUUUUCAUGCCAAGUGUAUUGCAGUUUUAGUGAAUUGAUCAGUUUGUCGAUUAUCUAGAAGGCCUGGAAAAUUUGACAGCUGCAGAGUAAAACAAAAACAGAAUCAGGUCUGUUUGUAUUCUUGA